UUUGAUACAGCUUAGAUUUGGAGUCGGUUGAUCGGUACAUAUAUUUCUCUGUACCCGUUCUUCGUGGGCUUUAAUGGAUCAAAAGGCCCAAUAAAUUAGCUACUGGGCUUAUUAGAUGUACAGUAGUAGAAAAAAAAACAAAUUAAAAAAAAACCCAGGUCGCGAGGAGUUUGAAUCACACGAUAUACGAAGCUGCUUCAUUGGUCAGUCCAUUCAAAUACCAACCGUCAGAUCACACAUCGCCGUUAUACAUCAAACGGUUCAGAUCUAAUAUAUGCAGUCAAAGGGACCUACAUCAAUUACAUCGAUGCCCCCCACCUCCAACGCUCCACCUCCUGCAAAAGACUAGAGUACCUGACAAACAGAAUAGUGGUAGUUUCGUAAAAACGAAUCUUUCAACAAAGAUCAGCUGAAAGCGAUAGUGUGAAGAAGAAGAAGAAGAAAGAGGUUUUUGAUAAUGGCGAACGUUGUAGCUCGAGACGUAGAUGAGGAACUCUCUCUGUUCCUGGAGAUGCGAAGGCGCGAGAAGGUUCAAGGCGUUUUUUCUCUCUCAGAGCCUGGAACAAACAGUGUUGAGGAGACUACCACAGAGAGUUUAGAGUCAACAACAACGAGAUAUGUUCAUCUGCGUAGGAGCGGUAUUGAGAAGUUCUUGGACUCUGAGAACAACAAAUCAGAUUAUGAGUGGUUACUUGCGGCUCCAGAGACAGGAGGUGAGGAAGAAGCGCAAGAGAACUCUAUGGUUAAACUCAAGCAGCCUAAAGCAGCUAGGUCCACUGUUCUAACACCACGGGUUGAAAACAUAAUGCAAGAACCUGUGACGUUGAACGUUAAGGCUUUCAAGAAAAUCACAAGGUUGGAUUCUUCAACAGCUGUUAGCAAACAAUCCAACACCAUUGCAGAUUCAAAAACAAAAAGCAAGCCUUCAAGACAAACCACACCAACUCCACGAACCACAGUAUCUUCCACAAGACCAACCAACUCUGCUUGUAGAACCUCUUCAAUCAAAUCAAAUCCACGAGCAUCCCGUUCAUCCUCUGUGGGGAAGUCAGUUCCUACUGCUGCUAAGUCUACGUCUUUAACAAUCCGUGAAAUACCGGCUAGACCCGUCUCAGCUUCCAGGGGCAGAGGAUACAGUUCUGGUGGCAGAUCAACGGGAAGGUCGUCCAAGAUUAGUGAUGAUGUGAAUCCUGUUUUGAUGGGGACUCAAAUGGUGGAAAGAGUGGUGAACAUGAGGAAACUGCCACCUCCAAAACAUGAUGACAACAACAUGAACUCGGGAUUCGGGAGAACUCUCUCUAGGUCGUCUCUUGAUAUGGCCAUGAGGCACAUGAACAUAAAGCGUAGCGUUUCGGGGGUAACAAGCAAUGCCACAAACUCAAUGGACAAGAAGGAGUCAUCGCCAUCCUCUUACUGCCCUAAUAUGCCAGCAUUCUAGUUAAUGAAAUUCUCUGUUGAUUUUGUAGCAACAAUCUUGUGGAAACUACCUUAUUCUUAGCAUAUAGACGUUACAUAUCAUAUUCUGAACUUAAUUUUAUUUGAGAAUCGUUCCUCGGAAUCAUUGGCUGAUUACAAGUUUGGUUACUUGUGAUAUACGUAAUUAUUCAUCAUUGUAACCCGUCUUCUCGAAAGGAACAAAAAAAAAAGUGGUAAUCCAGCAAGUUAGUGGUACACACAUCUUCUGCAUGUUACACAAGAUUUUGAAAAUCUAAUCAUUUCAUAUUAUACUAUAGGGAGAGUCUUUUCGUCCAAAGGACAUGUGUAACAAGAGCAUAUAACAAGGUAAUGAUUUAGUAAUGUAAUGAACUCAUGCCGUGUUUAACAAGGGAAACAAUAACCAUCCUCUGACCAAUGAUCCAAGUGUCUCAUCAAGAGCAAUAGACUCCACGUGAGAGUUUCAGAGUUGUUCAACAAGAACUGCUCAGCUCACUUCUUCAUGAUCUGGCUUUCACCAGCAAAAUCCUUCGGACCAAGAGAGAUCUUAGCCGUUGACACUCUCUUCACCACCAAUCCCAACGCUUGCUUGGUGAUUCUCUCCAACUCCCUAGACACACCUCAAGGACACACCAUCCUCAACCCGUUUCUUUCUCUAGGCUUUAACCUCGUCGCCGUAACGCUAGACAUCCCGUUCCUCGUCGAAAACACACCCGCAGAACCUUGGCUGAUGAAACUAAAGAGCGGUGACGUGGACCCAGGCUCCAUCUCUUUGUUCAUGAACCUCUCUGACCUAACGAGACUCGCGGUGCUCUACAAGUACGGAGGUUUCUAACUAGACACAGACAUCAUCUCCCUCAACGACAUGACGCGGCUGAGAAACGGUAUCGGAGUACAGACUUUGGAUCAAGAAACCAAGAAAUGGAAAACGCUAAACAACGCGGUGAUGGUAUUUGACCCUUACCAUCCACUUAUGAGAGAGUUCUUGCACGAGUACGCCGCAACAUUUAAUGGAAACAAAUGGGGAUACAAUAGUCCUUGUCUAGUCACUAAAUUUAUCAAGAGGUUAGGACACAAAGCUGAGUUCAAUCUCACGAUCUUUCCGCCGGAUGCUUUUCUAUCCAGUGAAUUGGCUUGACAUCCCUAGGCUUUUCAAGAAACCAAGAACCUUAGGAGAAGUAGAAUAGGUGGAGAAGACGGUUCAAGAGAUGAGCAAAGGGAGUUACAUGGUGCAUCUGUGGAAUAAAGUCACGAGAAAUAUUGAGAUUGAAGAAGGAAGCGUGAUGCAUAAACUCAUCUCCACACACUGCACAGUCUGUGGAAACAUCAUAAACUCUCACGCUUGAGUUCCAAGAAGAGACAAAGAUUCAUUCAUAUGUUUAUAGAUUCUCGUUUUAUUACAGUGUUUACACUUUUGCUUUAGUUUUUUUAUUGAUAAUCUAAAUCAGUUUCCUCUAAACGACAACUCGAACGUUGACUUAAUCACAUACAAGUCGAAAGUGAAAAUGUUUAGAUAAGAGGUGGCAAAAGUGGAAAGGAUAGGCUUUCCGUUAUCUAAUGUUGCUAGAGACAAUUAGUUUUGUUGAUCUGGGUACUUAGUUGGGCUAUUGGACUUAUUUAGGCCCAAAUAUAUUGGGUUGAAGGCUUAUUUACAUGAUAUGUUCUUGUUCGACCAAGGUUUAGCUCUUAUAUACCAUUUGGGAGGAUCCAAAGUGAGAAAGAAAACACAAAAGCUACCAUGUUAAACGAUGCCUGAUAAGGUUUGGACAUAAAAUAGUAAACAAACUUUGAAUUAUAUUAUAUUUUACGUUAUUUUGAAAAUUUUGAUGGAAGUAUGUUCUUCUUUUUGCUUACCCUGUUGUAGAAUGCUAUCAAAUAUUUCUCUUUUACAAUUACCUUCUUUAAAAUACAUCUUGCUAUGCAUCCAUGUUAACAAGAAUCUAUGUUUACAAAAUAGUCCAUCUUUCACUAAUGGAAGUCUCUAUUAAAACAAAGAAAAAAACAUCUGUAACAAAGUUCACAUGGCCAAAAUCAGAACAAAUUGAAAGACGAUUCACAUCUCGCCACAUUAGUUAGGAGUCGUGACUAUUUGACCCACUCAGUGGCCAGCGUUACUUCAACCCUUCGUAGCGAGUCCCGGCUGCACUUCUCAAACGCAAAUCACUCACAUUCACAUUGUGGUGCUGCAUUCAUAUCUUUCUUUUGUUCUUUCCACAAAAAAUGAUUAUUCGCUACUAGACUAAACAUUUUCCCAAGGCGCAUUACUUUUUUUCUACAUACCAAUUUAAAACAAAAGGUCAAACUGAGAGUACAGAAUGAGAAUACUAGUAAAUAUUAUAUAGUUUCUUUUCAUCCAAAGUACAUGUGAAACCAGAGCGUAUGAUAUGGGUAAAGAUUGAGUAAUGAUAUGAACACAUGUCAUAUUUAAUAAGAGAGACAGGAACGGUCCUCUGAUCCAUUCCUUCAAACUUCAAAGUGUCUGAAUAGAGAGAAAGAGUGAUAAGUCAAUAAUGGCACGUGACUCAGAUGAAGAAGCCACGUGCGGUCCUCCCCACACCCAUGUGCUCCCAUAAAGAAAUGACCGGCUCCGUCGCUCCAACAUGUCCAUUGCUCUAUGUCCCUAUUUAUUUCCCAAUUAAGUAAACUUGCAAAAAAUAAAUAUCCUUUUCCACUAGAUCUGUUUUAUAAAUGCCACAUUCCGGUAUUUAUGCAUGUUUUCUUACAUUUAUAACAUUUAGUUUAUUACAUACUAAUUAGUAUAAAAACGUUAGAGAAAUCUAUUUUCUAAAGACAAAUUCAUUAAAUAAUUCGAAUUAGCUACGGCAACAAUGAAUAUAUGAUAAUAAGAAUUAUUAUGUGUUUCCGGAAAAAAAAAGCAGAGAAGUCAAUACAUUUUUAGCCUAUUGUUUUAACAAUACCAAAUUAACAAAUCACACACUACUAUAUUAUCGACCUAAUUAACGAGUGAAAAAUACAACACCCAAAACAAACUAAGAGCUUAACACGCAUUCAAAGGGGAUGUGUAAUAAGUACACUAUUUUGGUGACUUUUUUACUCCCACACGUAUA